AUGAUCGUGCUGGUGCUCGCCGCCUCGGGGGCUGCCGACGAGAGAAAACGCAUGGAGAAGGUGAAGCAACUGGUGCGAUUUUGGUCGAAGAGAAUCGGCGAGAAACUGACGGAAUUGAGCAAGAAAAUGACCAGAGAGGAUCAAGUGGAAGACAGUUUCAGGAUAUUAGAAGACAAACUAAUCAAAGAAGACGAUAAAGACCUAGUUAACGACAUUGCAGAUGACAUCAAAAAAAUGAUGAAGAAAAAAGAGGAAGCCGUUUUUAACAUCGCCGAAUACAUGGAAUUCAUAUCCUACCACAGAGACUUAACACCAAUCUUCGAAAAUUCCUCCUACUACUUCUUCGACGCCGACAACAUCACCGACACGGAACCCACCGACAAACGAUUGGAGGAACUCCACGCCACCAUUUUGAACAACGAAUGCCACUGGAAGUGCGAGCAACCGUGCAACUCCACUCUAAAGCGCAACGCCUUCAGCGACUGCUCCGUCCGGCUCAAACUCUUCGCUCCCAGGGACAACGAACAGAGCAAAGAGUGCAAUUGCGCCCACCUGCCGGAGAAGGACCGUCCGCCCGACACCUACCGGCACCUCCCGCUCCGGUACGAUCCCCGGUACGACGAGCACGUCAAUUUGGAUUUGAGCGUCGCCAAACUGGCCAUCAACGUCUACGAAAGAGAGCACACCGUACUGGAAGGCAUCAGAUGGUCCGAGGCGCUCGAUUUGGUGUUCAAAGAGAACCUCAACAACGACCCGACCUUGACCUGGCAGUAUUUCGCCAGUCCCAAGGGAUUCAUGCGACACUACCCCGCGAUGAAAUGGUCGGAGGAGCAGUACAAGCAAACCUACGACUUCCGGCUGAGGACCUGGUACACGGAGGCGUUCACGUCGCCCAAGGAUCUGAUCCUGUUGCUGGACAGAUCGGGCUCGAUGAUAGGCACCAGACGAGCGGUGUCCGAUCAGAUCGUCAAUCAGAUAUUGGACACGUUGAACGACAACGAUUUCGUCAACGUCUACACGUUCACCAACACCACGGAGCCGUUGAUAAACUGCUUCAACGAUACGUUGGUGCAGGCCAACGAGGAGAAUUUGAGAUUGCUGCGCGAAGCCAUACCGGUGUACGAGGAAGAGUACGUGGCCGAUCUGUCGCUCGGUAUAAACAAAGCCUUCGAUAUAUUGGAGAACUUCAGGAAGACGCGAUCGAGUGCGAAUUGCAACCAAGCCAUCAUGUUGAUAACCGAAGGCAUCGAUUACUACUACGACAAAGACAUCUUCAAGCGAAGAAACUGGGACAAGGACUACCCGGUGAGGAUAUUCACCUAUCAAAUCGGGCAAGACGAAGGCGACGCCGUCGAAAUGGAAUGGAUAGCUUGCAACAAUAUGGGUUGGUGGGGCAACAUGAGCGUGAUGGGCGACAUACGCGAAAAGAUGAUCCACUAUUUGAACGUCAUGUCGCGACCCAUCAACCUCGGCUUGGACAAGAAACGCUCGCACAUCUGGAGCUAUUUGCACGUCGAUCUGGCCGACAGGCGGCUGUCCAAUUGGCUGUGGAAGAAAUUCGAAGGCAUCAGACAGAGGAACAUCUAUCUCGAUCACAUCAAACGGAUCGUCUACAGACAGAACCAAAUGCUCACCGCCGAAGAUCACAUGCUGUUGAAGGAAACCCACCCCUACAAAGCUUACGAGGACAAAAUGGACUACAAAUACAUGACGACAGUUUCGCUGCCUGUUUUCGGAAGGAACAUUAACGAGACUGAAUUAUUAGGGGUGGCCGGUGUAGAUGUCCCUCUGAAACUGUUCAAAUCUCUCAUACCGUACGAAAGGCUGGGCGUCAACGGGUACGCUUUCAUCGUAACCAACAACGGGUACAUACUGAUGCAUCCGGAUCACAAAAGCGAGUUUCAAACUAUUUUAAAACCUACGUUCAACAGAGUGGAUAUAUUGGAAGUUGAAAUUUUAAACGACGAUAGAGAACCGAGAUUAUUCGGAGAUUCGGUCGUAAAGUUUAGGGACAAGCUAGUCAACCAAAGAUCCAACGAACCGGUCAUCCUCAAAGUAAAAUACACCCUCAACGACAACAAACGCCUGAUGCUCGGCUGCAGGCACUACUACUUCGCCCCCAUCGGACCGUUCACCUUGGGCGUGGUACUACCCGACAAGUACGGCUUCGACAUCGUCAACAAGACGCUGAUCGAUCGACCCGAUCCCAUCGACAGCGCCGCCUCGCUCAACUCCCGCUUCUGGAAGGUCCAUCCCGAUUGGAUAUACUGCAAAAAAUGCGUCGGAGAUAGUCCCGAGGAUCGAGUUCGAGACGGAUUCAGCAAAAACGAAAACACAUCCCUUCUGACCUCGCUGCUCUACGACAUGGAGGCCACCAAGUGGUUCGACGACUACGGCGACGCCGACGCCGACGAGGAGAAGUUCAUCGUCGCCUAUCAGGUGCACAAGGUCUUCCUGGCCACCUAUUCGGGCCUGACGCGUUGGCGCGACUUCGAGGACAUCAGCAGCGUGCGCGAGGACGUCGAAGACAGCUUCGAGAAACGCAACGAUCGCGCCAUCGACGAGGACUGGUACCGCCGGGCGGUCGAAUUGAACUUCGAGGACGAGAGCAAGUUCAUCUAUUCGGUGCCGUUCGAAACCUCGGGUUACGAAAACAACACCAUGAUAACCAGUACUAAGGCUAUAUUCGUGGAAAAGGGCGAUUUGAAGAGCCCCGUGGCCGUGGUGGGUUUGCAAUUCAACCACAGGGAGAUGUACGAAUGGUACAACGAUAUCACCACGACGUGCAACGAGUCGCGUUGUAAAAUCACCUGCAAGCAAAAGGACCUCAACUGUUACAUCAUGGACAACAACGCCUAUAUAGUACUGAGCGACGAGCCCGAGUUCAUAGGCAGGUACAUGGGCGAUAUCAGGCCUGAUAUAAUGGCGGAUUUGAUACAAGAUAGGAUCUACAUACCCACCAAAAUGUACGAUUACCAAGCGAUAUGCCAGAAAGUACCGCCUAAAAAAGAACCGGAAACCGUCAGGAUACAAAAGCGCAAGCAAAAGGAAGCCAUGAAGAAGAAGAAGAAGAAGACCAAGAGAUCAACCAGCUCCGCCAGGAGUUCCGCCGCGCGCGGAAUCAUACAACUAGCGAACAACCUCCUGUGCAUCAAAGAUUGGCUGAUCGGUCUGCUGGUGGUACUGAAGAACGCGGUAACGGGCGAAGAGGUGCAAGAGGUGUACAACAGCACCAGGGACGAGUACUUGGCGUUCAAUAAAUUGAUGAUCGAGAAAACCGUACCGACGCCGUGCGAUCAAUCGAGGUGGCUGUUCAAUUUGAACAAAACCGCCCGGUUUCCGUUCAGCAAUUACACCAAGGACGGGACCAAGUUCCAAUGCAGCUGGCCGUAUGCUAUCGAUAAAAUUCCGAAUACUAAUCUACUGUUUUUGGCUACGAACGAUGGAGAUGGGGCGUGCAGGGGAAGAUCCCAUCCCAUUUACUCUACGGAGCCCAAAGAGAUCAUCUACAACACCACGUUGCCUUGCUAUAUAGCCACCAUGAAUAAUUACACAAGAAGGAUGUACAUGAAUUGCUACGAACGGAAUAAAAAGGAGGACGACAUAAACAAGUACGAUCAUUGGAAAUGCGGACAUUAUUGGAAGUAA